GGUAGCAGAAUGAGGGGGAGGGCAGCCUCAGAAAGCUGUGUAAUCCGCACGGGGUUGGGCACAAGGUUGAUCCGUAGCGCAUUGGAUUUACUUCCGUAAAUAUUCCAUAAAUAUCGUAAAUAUAGGUAAAUAUUAUUCACCUGCACGAUAUUCGGCACAACAUUUUGUUCAGUGUGGAUAAUGACAGUUAAGAACUGUCACUUGUUUGUUUCCUUCGUUUACAAACUGUCACCGCUCCAAUAUUUUUCGAGCUUGAGGUUUUUUGACCAUCUACUGCCUCGGACUUGGGAUUUCACCGGAGGUCGAUACGACGGUGCGGAUUUGCGCCGGCUGUGCCGAACGCUGCGCGUCGACGCCUUCCGGACGCGAGACCUGCACUGCAACAGUUACGUCGAGAACGAGCAGGAGGACAAGGAAGACGAGGAAGUGUGCCGGUUCUGCUUGAAGGCGGAUGGCGGGGCGGCGUUGGUCGAGUUGUUUCCGGGCGGCGGCGGGAGCGUGGCGGAUGAUGCCGGUGCCGGUGAAGCUGGAGGACGUGACGGAUUCGUCGGAUUCGUACAGCAUUGGCAGCGAGAAUGGGGAAGGGGGUGAGGGUUUUGAGUCGGACAGUUCGACGGCGGAUAACGGGGAGAAGCGUGGGGAAAAGCGGAAGGUCACGGCACGGUUGCUGCCGUGGAUUGGAAGUGACCACGAGGUUACGAAGGUUACAAGUCUAAAUGUUUGAACGGAGCGGAGGAUGGAGUUCAAGCGAAGGUGAAGGCCAAUAAUGUGGAUAUUUACAAAAUCCUCCAGCAGAAGGAUCCCGCGCGCAUCUUUAAGGUGCUUCUGCACAUGGUCAGAAAAAUGACAAAUUCGGCAUAUAACAACCGUACGCCAUGAUUAUUGUUUUUUUUUUUUCAUCAUAUUUAACAAUACAAAAAAUACAGCUGAAACCACAAAUAAAAAGAAAAUCCAAGAAA